AUGUGGGUCCCUGGAGGGCAGCGGCCCCUUCGGGCUCAGUGGGGAGCAGCGGUCGGUCCGCGGGCGCCCUCUGCCGGCCUCAUCAGGAACUGUGGCCCUGGCCCCUUGACGCCGGAGGGACCUCCCGCCCAGGACCCGCGCUUGCUUGCUACCUGUGGGGAACUCGCUCCACCGCCUCACUUCGAACCCGCAAACCCUAAGAUGGCUCUGCUCACGCUCAGACCCAGCAGCUCCGUGUCGGAGAGGCUGGGGCUGGCCCUCGGGGAUCUCCCAAGACCCCUCCGCAGCAGACAUUUUCUGCCCCACCAUAGCCACCGUCCUCCAUGGGGCUCCCUGCUGUCCAGGACCCAGCAGUCUACAGCCCAGCUGGGACCUGUGAACCUGGUUCUGUCAACCGUCCGCCAGCCCUCCUAG